AUGCGCUCUGGGAUCCCUCUUCCUUCGACGGCAAAAAAGCAAACAAACCGGAUAUCGCUUGCUGGUCCUGCAAUUCGAAACCCAUAUCCUGCUCCUCCCAGUACAAAUCCACGAAAUACAAUGCUUCGCUCUCAGAACACUAGCUCGCUGCUUAGCAGCUCAUCAAAGCAGGUCUAUGGGAAAACUCCGUCGAACAAUAAUCGACGUAUAUCAUUAUGGGCUGGUGGAUCUGGGACUACCCCUUUGCCUGGUGGGAGUCAGUCGCAGAAAGAUCCUCGUCCUAUCAGAGAGCGUCCUUUCCAGAGCAAGGAACGGUCAGAUAUCCUCAACUUCUGCCAUGAUCUGGGUUUGGACAUCAGCAUGGCUCAACUGCUUAACAUUCAGAGCAAAGACUAUCGCAUCAUUUUUGAAUUUCUCGUCGAACUACUGGAUCCAUGUUAUCCUAUCGAUACAACGGAGAAAUUUGAGGAGAUAUUCAUCCCUGCACUUAAAAGCCUUGGGUAUCCUUACGCACACUCUAUAGAUAACAAAUGGCUUGCAUCUGUAGGGAGUCCUCAUACAUGGCCUCAUCUUUUGGGUGUAUUACAUUGGUUGGUGGAAAUGUGUAAGAUGAAAGAGCACUACUCCGGAAGCGGACAUCCGACACUACAAGAUCCAGACAAUGUGCUUGAGGAAUUCCAGGAUCCCUUCGAUCGCCGUACUCUUGCCUUUGACUAUUAUAGCAAAUGUUAUGCUUUAUGGCUAGAUCACAUUGACGAAUUUGAGGAGCCAAAUGAACAAUUGGAGGAUCGAUAUGCCAAGAAGAACCAACGAGUCCAAAAGGAUGUUGAGAUUAAGAACCAGCAAUUGGAUGAGGCGAAAAUCGAGUGUGAUAUAUUGACAACUUCCGCCGCCCCCGUUAUCUUACUUAAAGAAGAAAACGAGACGCGCGUUCGCGACGCCGAGAAAAUGCAAAUAGUUCUCAAACAAUGGGAAUCUCGAAGAAAGAAACUAAGUGUCGCAAUCGCGACAGAGAAAACUGAACUAGCUAAGAAAGAGGAAUACUUGGCAGUGUUAAGGUCGGAACAAGAACAGCUCGAUAGCGUUGUCAAAGAGCAAAAUUUGUCACCAGAAGAAGCCACCAGAAUGACAACGGAGUACGAAAUGUUGUCUCGCAAUAUCGAGGACUUGAAACAGAAGAUCGCAGAUACAGAACAAACGGUCAUGUCGCUGGAAGUAAGCCUUACGAACCGUAUUUCCGGGACCGAAGAGACCCUUCAUAUCUACAACGUGGCACUCUCGACAUUAGGCUUAUUGCCGCCUCUACCCCCUCCGCACAACGAUAUCGAUCUUACACUGGAAUUGAACACUGCAUCUUCAGAUCAUAGCCAGCUUCUCUCUGGGUUGGACAUCCGAAAGGUCAUCAAACCCACUUUGAACUCCAUAGCAGAGUCCAAACGCUCGACCCGCGCCGAAGUAGAGAACGAAAGAAUCAGGGUUGACAACGAGAUUGAACAGCUAACAUUGGAGUGUGAUACUGGCGAGGACGAGAUAAGCCAGCUGGAAAAGCAAGUCGCAGCAGUGAAUGAACAGGCAAUCGAUCUUCAUAAUGCUGCACAACGCGACGCUCUCGCUUCCAGCGCGACUGCGAGGCACUUGGAACAGAUGGUCGCCAACGCUAGGACAGCCGCAAUUGCGAAUGGAAUGGGAGCCAAAUCCAGAUUGCAUCAAUUACAGUUCGAUUACCGUGAACAGGUCGAACGGGUGAACAGAUUGAAGGACGAAACUGUACGAGCCAUUAUCAAAAACAGCUCUGAUAUCGCUGAGUUUCGGGGUGAGGUUACGAAACGUUUGAGAGAGCUGCGAGAAUGCGCAGAAAUGGAAUAA